AUGAACACACUGGAGUAUCUGAGAGAACGACAGGACUUCAGCAUCUACACGAUUGAACAUGACCUCUCUCUUUCGGACCACGAGGUUUGCCGUGCCUUUGAAGAAAUGCUGGAUAAGAUCUCGCAAGACGGAAGAAAAGCAAAACUCGCAAUUUUCGACACCAUCACUUCCUUGCCGGCUGUUCGCAUGCCCUUCGAACUUCUAACUCAGAUCUGCCGCACCCAUGGCGUGUUAUCAUGUAUCGAUGGCGCUCAUGGCGUAGGUCAGCUCCACCUCAAUCUUCCGCAACUUGAUCCAGACUUCUUCGUUAGCAACUGCCACAAAUGGCUAUUUACGCCUCGCAGCUGCGCAGUCUUGUACGUACCAGUACGAAACCAACAUCUCAUUCGAUCAACACUGCCUACUGGUUUCAACUUCUUGAAGAAACAACAAGCAGCAAAAACCAACAACUUCGUGGCCAACUUUGCGGCUGUGGCUACUAGUGAUGACACGCCAUAUUCCUGUGUUGCUGCUGCUUUGGAGUGGCGUCAGCGUAUCACAUUUGGUGGCAAGAGUGGUGAAGAAGCAAUCAUCAGCUACAACAAAGAGCUCGCCCGGAAGGGUGGUCAACUGGUGGCAGAGAUGCUGGGCACAGAAGUCUUGGACAAUAAAGAGCUGACACUUGGAGAUUGUGCCAUGACGAACGUGCGCCUGCCUGUCGUCUCUGAGAAGUGCUCAGAGCAGCUGGCGGGCUUAUUAAACAUGGUCAUGAAUCGGAAGCACAAUAUUGCUGUCAAUAUCUAUUACUACAAACGAGCUCUGUGGGUUCGACUAAGUGCCCAGAUCUAUCUCGAACUGAAGCACUUUGAAGUUGCCGGGAAAGUUUUGCGGGAUGUCCUUACGACAUAUGCUGUGGACGAUUCUAGACUGAUGAGUCUAUAA